GCAGGGACGGCCGGGUCGGCUAUAGCUUAAACGGGAACCGGAGGGGGGUCGGCGCCCCGCACCAAAAAAUACACGUUUAACAGACCGGCUAACGUCUUUCCGAGUCGACAUGCGUUAAGCGAAGGCCGUUGAACUCGAAACGCAGACGCGAGUGACAAAAGCUGCCUUCGCUUAGUAAACGGGAUACAUGUCGCUAGCUUGCGAGCUAACUUUAGCCCGCCGCACAGUGACAGCCGGUGGGCGCCCAGGGUCGCGUUUCCGGUUCUGCCGCGCCGAGAUGCUGCGGGCAGCGCGGCUCCAUGCUUGAUGCCGUUGCGGUUGGUUUCUUUUGUUAUUGCGCUGCGGCGCCGCUGCGCGCUAAAGCCGCCUCUGCCGGGAACGCUGUGCACAAGGUUAACGUUAGCAUUAGCAGGCUAGCUCACCUAGCGCCCGCACGUCCACUGCCAGUUUUGCCCAGCUAACUUUCACCGGCGCUGCGGUUCAAGCAGGGGCAGGUGUGGUUGGUUGAACGGGUCCCAGUUGGGUGGAGUAGGACACUCCCUUUGGCACAUAGGGAGCAAAACCAGCUGUAAGUACAGGGGAGCCUACUUUCGUCACUUUUGCCCAGUCAAGGAUUAAGACAAAAAUGCUUCUCUCCUUGAUCGUGCACACAUACUCGCUGCGGUACUGGUUGCCGGCCACGGUGAUGCUGGGCACCGCGCCGGCUUACCUGCUUUCGUGGGGAGUUUGGCGUUUCCUGUCCACCCUCUUACCAGCAAGAGUGUACCACAACGUGGACGACCAGCUGUACUCCAUCUACCAGAGCAUGGUCCUCUUUUUCUUUGAGAAGUACACAGGAGUGGAGAUUGUUGUAUACGGAGAGAUACCAAAGAAGAAGGAGAAUGUGGUCUACCUCUCCAAUCAUCAAUGUACAGCGGACUGGAUCAUCGCCGACAUGCUUGCCAUCAGGCAGGAUGCUCUCGGUCACGUGAGAUAUGUCCUUAAAGACGGACUCAAGUGGCUGCCGUUGUACGGAUGGUACUUCUCUCAGCAUGGCGGCGUCUAUGUAAAACGAAGUGCCAGGUUUGAUGAAAAGGCGAUGAGAACGAAACUCCUCAGUCAGACUAUAUCAGGGACACCAAUGUACCUCGUCAUCUUCCCAGAAGGAACCCGGUAUAACCCGGAGCUCAAGAAUGUGAUCAGUGACAGCCAGGCGUUUGCAGCAAAGGAGGGACUGGCCAUCCUCAAGCAAACCCUCACGCCCAGAAUGAAAGCCUCUCACAUCGCCAUAGAGACCAUGAGGGGUCACCUGGACGCCGUCUAUGACAUUACAGUGGCGUACGACAGCACGCUAGAUGCUGCUGGGCAACGGCGACCCGCCCCGUCAAUGCCAGAAUUCCUGUGCAAAGAAUGCCCCAGAGUCCACAUACACUUUGAGCGUGUGGACAUGGCGGAAAUUCCUCCAGAGCCAGUGUUUUUCCGCAGGUGGCUGCACGAGCGCUUUGAGAUCAAGGACCGGCUGCUGACUGCGUUCUACAACUCGGAGGAUCCAGACCAACUUCGCAGGUUCCCCGGUGAAGGCCGAGGCUCUCCGCUCAGUGUUACGAAAACCCUCCCGUCGCUGCUGAUUUUAGGAGGAUUGACUCUGCCGCUGCUGUUGACCGAGUCCGGCAGGAAACUCUAUGUCAAAACGUGGGUGUAUGGAACACUGCUGGGAUGGCUGUGGGUGAAGGUCAGGCCUUAAGGAAUGAGACGGAGGCCGCCACCAUGCAAUGCACAGACAAUACGGCGAGAUCUAGCCAUUUUAUUAUUAUUAUUAUUUUAUUUUUUUUAUUUCAAGGGAAGAGUUACAGAAGCAAA